AUGCGGCGGUGGGGCCGGCCCGGGGGCCGGGGAUUGCCGGGGAAUGCUGGCGAGAACCUGGCUCUGGUCACAGCUGGGCUGACGGUUUCGGCGCUGGCCGUCUACUUCUUCUUGGGUCAGUUACCUCCGCUGCCCUGGGCAUACCUACCCUGGGCAUACCUACAGCCUCCGCCCACGGAGCGGCCACCAGUCACCGUCCUGAUGUGGUGGGAGCCCUUCACUGGAAAUAGCACGUUCCAUUAUCCUAUCCCAGACUGCCAGCGCCUAAUCAACUUGAGCGGCUGCCGCCUGCUCACCGACAGGAGAGACUAUUGGGAAGCUCAGGCUGUUCUCUUCCACCACCGAGACUUUGUGCAGAACCAGGACUGGCCCCCGCCACGGAGUGAGCCCCGAGAUACGAUGAAACUGGACACAGCAACAGCUGGAGCAGUAGGCAGAGUUUCUGCCAGUGGCCAGCCGGCCAGGCCCCCUGGGCAGUUCUGGGUAUGGAUGAACUUCGAGUCCCCUACCAACACCCCGAGGCUGGGGAGUUUCGACGGCAGCCUCUUCAACUGGACACUCUCCUACCGGGCCGACUCAGACAUCUUUGUGCCCUACGGAUAUCUGUACCCCAGGAGCAGCCCCGGGGACCAGCCUUCGGGGCUGAUCCCAUCGCUGGCCCGAAAGGAGGGGCUGGUGGCCUGGGUGGUCAGCCACUGGGUGGAGGGGCAGGCUCGGGUCCAAUACUACUACGAGCUGCGCCAGUAUGUGGAAGUGGACGUGUAUGGCAACGGUGGUCCUGGACAGCCACUGCCGGACGUGGGGCUUCUGCAGACAGUGAGCCGCUACAAAUUCUACCUGGCUUUCGAGAACUCUCAGCACCUGGACUACAUCACGGAGAAACUAUGGCGGAAUGCCUUCCUGGCAGGGGCAGUGCCGGUGGUGCUGGGGCCCAGCCGGGCCAACUACGAGCGCUUUGUGCCUCGAAAGGCCUUCAUCCACGUGGACGAUUUUCCCAAUGCAGCUGCCCUGGCCACCCACCUUCGCUUCCUGGAUCGAAACCAGAACGAAUACAGGCGUUAUUUUGAGUGGCGCAGGCAUUCUGCGGUGCACAUCACGACCUUGUGGGACGAGUCCUGGUGUCGGACCUGCCAGGCUUUGCAAAUUGCUGGAGACCAACCCAAGACAGUGAACAACUUGGUUGCCUGGUUUCGGAAAUCAGAUUAUUCUUAG